AUGGGGCUAAAAAAAUUUCCCGAAGCAUUGGGUAUUCCGGAUAUUUGUAAAGGUUUUCAUCCUUAUCUUUUUUAUGACUUGAAUUAUGUGGGCCCCAUGGUCGGAUUGGAAUAUUUUGACCCACCGUCCGAGGGUACUGAAGAACGCGAUGAUUUUGACGCUUGGUACGAACAGCAAAAGAAAAAACCGUAUGUUUUUAAAGAGGCCAUGUAUUAUUAUUGCCGCUUGGAUGUUGAUAUACUUAGACAGGGGUGUAUUAUAUUUGCGCGACUAAUUAAAAAUAUAACAAAUGUAUUUCCAUUUUAUGAUAAAACCUGCCAUACAAUUGCAGGACUUGCAUUGAAAGUAUAUCGUACAAAUUUUUUAAAUGAAGAAACUAUUGGGCAAAUACCUGCACAGGGGUAUGGGGGAAAUAUUAAUCAAAGUGUUAUUGCCCUAUAUUGGUUAAGAGGUGUUGAAAGUGAUUUAGACGGUAUGACAUUUUACAGUAAAUUACACCCCAGCGGAGAACAAAGUAUUGCCGGUCAUUAUGUUGAUCGAUAUUGUCCCGAAACGAAAACAAUAUAUCAGUUUCAUGGCUGUUUUUUUCACGGGUGUGAAGAAUGCUAUAAUGGUGAAAUGUUCAAUGACGUUGUUAACGAAACAUUCUAUAUACUACGCGAAUGA